GAUAUGAUGACCGAUGAGUGAUCCUGGGUACAAAUUGCGAGCUCAGCCAGGUCAAUUGCGAACAUUACACCGUAAUAGAAACUCUCCACAGAGCCAUAAAAUGGCAGCCUGCAGCGCAGAAUUCUUCAUCGCCACGCCAAUACAGGCACCGGUACUAGUCCCACCAUGUCGACCCAGACAAUUACGCAGGUAACCGAGUCCAUCCCCGCUGUACUAUCUCUUCGCACAGGCACGGAGAACAAUGGACAGGAAGCUAAGCAAUCCUCCCAGGAUGAACCGUACCGAUAUGCCCACCUUCUUCCUGUCUUCCCAAGAGACGAGCAUUAUCCUCCUCUGACGCCCUUCGAUCAUGUUGACCCUGGUGCACGAGCUCUUGGCCAUGCCAAUCCGCGGGCAUUCUUGGAUAACGCAACAAGCGUUAUAGAGUUGACCCCUCACUUGGGUACGGAAGUCCACGGUGUCAAUCUCGCAGCCUUGGACAGCGACGGAAGAGAUGAGCUUGCACUCUUUAUUGCCCAACGUGGACUCGCCGUUUUCAGGAACCAACAAGACUUUAUCGACAGUGGCCCCGAUUUCUAUCUGGAAUGGGGCAGACACUUUGGUCGCCUGCACAUCCACCCCACGUCAGGUCAUCCGGAUGGCUACCCUGAACUUCACCUGGUGUACCGCGAUGCCAACACGACCUUCAACUUCGAGGUCAAUGACAGUCUCACGCCGACUGUCUGGCACUCCGAUGUCAGUUACGAGCUUCAACCACCGGGUCUUACCACUUUUUUCCUGCUCGCUCAGCCGUCGAGCGGAGGCGACACCCUCUUCACAUCUCAAGUUUCCGCGUUGAAGAGACUAUCACCGCAGUUCGUCGCUUUCCUGAAGACCCUGAAGGCUGUGCAUUCAGGCGUAGAGCAAGCAGACUUCUCGAGGUCUGGCCGGCGGGGAGGUGCCAUUCGACGUGAUCCUGUCGAGUAUAUCCAUCCCGUUGUACGCAGGCACCCUGUGACAGGAGAGGAAGCUUUGUUUGUGAAUCGACAGUUCACCAAGCGAAUCGUUGGCUUGAAGCGGGAAGAGUCAGGUACGUAUCAGAGCAAGGAAACGUUCACGGGCAAGCCUUUAAUUUUGGCGACCACAGAGACGAUCUUGAAGUUCCUCUACGAUUACAUUGACAAGAGCCCGGAUAACCAGGCUCGGGCCAAGUGGGCACCGAACACCGUCGUCAUCUGGGACAACCGUGUUACGGCUCAUGUACGUCUUUCGACAGUCAUUACAUAUAACCAAGCCACUCACGUUAUUAUUGCAGUCUGCUAUUAUCGACUUUGCCGAUUCCAAGGAGAGACGACACGGUGCACGCAUUACGCCUCAAGCAGAAAGACCCAUACCCGCUCUUGCCGGACUCGACCUAUCUGCAUGAGUCGCAAAGCAGGGCUGAAGUCCAUGCGAAAAUGGCGGGAGAGGAUGUAGUAAUAUACUGGUAGAUGUUCUAUGUAAGAAUUAGUGUAGCUUUUAUUGCACACCCUUUGUAUCAGUCAGAUGGACUCCAAGAUGUUGUUUCAGAACAGUAUUGAAUUGUGGCUUCACCGUUG